GAUCCAUUUUCGGAAACUCUUCUCGGAGGAAGCGGAUGGCAGGGUUGCUUAUGCACAAGCCACGCGAACAGGUCUUUGAUGGGAUCGCAAUGCGUACUUGGAGAUGGCUUCUAUGCCGGUAUCUAAAUAUCAGGUUCUUAUUUCUUUCCAUUUUUAUUUACUUCUCAGUUUGCAUUGACUUUAAUAAUGGUAUUUGCUGAGAUUCUGUGCACCAUGAUCCACUCUGCCAAAUUCAGGAUGCGGCACGGACUUGGUCGCGUGAGAAGACGCGCCGUUUCAUUUUACGCAUUUGCUGACAUCCUCAUCCUCACCGCUGAAAGAACUAAAUCAUCUGAAAACUUACAUAAGUCACAUCAAAACCGGACUCUACGCUAUAAUUCACAAAGUUGUAACCGCAGCCUCUUCAAACAUCGACACCUUCCGUCAAGCCACAACGCCUCAAUCAUAACGCCAUCAAAAUGUCAACAUCAGUCAAAGAACUCCUCCUCAUACCUUCCGACGCCAUGACUCUUCAUGGAAAAGUCCUAGGCGCAGAUGCAACAGCAACAACAUACCUUCUCAACUGUCCCCCCGACGCCGACACCUGUGACAGGAACGGACAUACAAUCACCCUAGGGCCAUGGGCCGAGAAAACCCUCGCAUCAGGCGCAGACCCAACUGGAACCAUGGAUGUUGUUAUCACGGAGCCACAAGACGGUACAAAGUGGUUUUAUUCGCUCCAUUGUGAGAUGAGCAGAUCUGUUGCGCAGGACUGUACCAUGAUCAACGAACCGGCUGACGGUCCCUCGACAAUUAGACCUACAACGCUAAAGGGCCAGUCUGAUUUGAGAGAAAUUUAUGGUCCGACGUUUGAGUAUGGGAAGGUUACGCUUACUGCUGGGCUGGAGAAGCUUAAGAGCGAAUAUUCGACUACUACUUCGGCGACAGGUGAGACUGAUGAUACAGCAUCUGUUUCUAGGGAAACAGGUAGUUCGACGGCUAGCGCUGAUGCUCCGGAGGAGUCGAAUGGCGCUUCGGGAGGUGUGAGAUUUUCUUUGGUUGUAUUAUGCGCGGGACUGUUUGUUACAAUGGUAUUGUCACUGUGAGCAUCUCUUGGUAGUCCUCAGGAAAGUCGCGAGGUAGCUAAGUUCAUUGCUUUACGCAAGGUAGAUGAGAUCCAUUAAUAAACAAGAGACAUAUGCUGGAAUGUUAGAACUCUCUAGAAACUUCAAACUAUUGUAUUAGAUGUCGUAGAGGACUUGGCAUGUUAAUUGUUGGUAGAUCGAGAGUUUUGUCGGGGAAUCCUUGUCGAUUUCUUGGAAGUAAUAUUUUACGAAAUUUGAGUCGAGGUAUGUUUCGUUCGGUGGGGAGUUCAGGAAGUGAGAGGCAAGCUAUCUAUCUCCAGGGCUUCAGAUAACCGACAUCAAUUGAGACAGAGUUAUAGGGUAGUCACUGACUACCGGUCCAAAUAAGGUCGUGUUUCCAAAGGGCAGGAAUAGCGUACCACUCAACCCAUUCCGUACACUUCCAAAGAGGCUUC